AUGCUUGGCUCACGCACGUUGUUUACUUCUGACCCCGAGAACAUUCGAGCCAUGUUAGCAACGCAAUUCAAUGAUUUCGGGAAAGGCGAAAGGUUCAGAAAAGACUGGUUCGAUCUUAUGGGAAACGGCAUCUUCAACGUAGACGGAAGCGCCUGGCAUGAGUCUCGCCAACGACUUCGUUCACUUUUCACUCGCCAACGGGUCAGCGAUCUCGCUUGUUUCGAGCGCCACGUCCAAGACAUGAUUCCCAUGUUGAGCGGAGGCCGCACCGUCGAUGUGAAGGACAUCUUGAGCAGAUUUGCACUUGAUGUAUCGGCAGACUUUUCCUUGGGACGACAGAUUAAUUCGCUGACAAGUCACCAAAAUGACGAGUUUUUCGACGCCUUCGAACGUAUCCGCCAUAUUCAAUCCUUGAUAGAACGAUUGGGCCCUCUGAACUUUCUCGUCCCUCGACGCCAGUUUCGCCGGGACCUGGAGACUCUAAAUGAUUUUAUGAAACCAACAAUUGAAAAGGCAGUUUCUAUGACUGCAGAAGAGCUCGAGGAGAUGGAUAAGACAGACCAUGGCUGGACGCUUCUUCAUGCAUGCGCCUCUGUCUCCCGAAACAAACGCUGGCUCCGAGACGAAAUGGUUGCUAUUCUCAUAGCAGGCCGCGACACGACUGCUACAACCAUGUCUUGGGCCUUUUAUGAGCUAGCCAGGAAUCCCGACGUCCUGGCUGACCUUCGGCGUGAAAUUGAACUCACGGUCGGCGUUGGAGACUCAGCUCGGGAGCCAACUUACAAAGACCUGAAGAGCAUGACUUUCGCCACUCAUGUACUCAACGAGACCCUGAGGCUGUACCCGAAUGCGCCUUUCAACAUCAGAGCAGCCGUAAAAGACACCAGUUUGCCGCGUGGCGGGGGUCCAGAUGGGAACGGCCCAGUUGGCGUUCGCGCUGGCACUCAGGUCAUCUAUUCUACCCAUGUUUUGCAGCUUCGAGAAGAUCUCAAUGCGUACGACUUUGCACCGAUUGAUGAGUUCUGCCCUCGCCGUUGGGACUCUUGGACCCCGAAACCGUGGACUUACAUCCCGUUCAACGGUGGUCCUCGGAUCUGCGUUGGACAACAAUUGGCUCUUACCGAGAUGGCAUAUGUCUUAUAA